GGAAUGUUUCAUGUCAGCGGAGGCUCCGUUGACGUGUGCGUUCGGUGUCUCUCACCCAUCCCUGCCAACUGUGAGUGGACAAAGGAGAAAGCAAAACAGAAAAGUCACCUCUACCAUACAGGACAAUCGCAGAUACAGACACAGACAGAGACAAGGCGGCCAGCCAGCCGGCUGCAUACGGCACUGAAGAAAUAACCACUCCCACCCGCACCUGCACGCAACGCUGCGCGCAUUUCUUAUCCCCUACCCACCACCCAUCGCCCCUCGCUCAUUCGCCAACCACUCACCCCAUACCACACAUACCACAUGUGUAUCAGCCACCCACCACCGGACAAUAAAUACAGGACGGGCACUCAGAAGCCGAUUCACCUCCCCCAUACCCAUCGCCGGUGCGGUGCUACCGUACAUCCAUCAUACACACAAAGCCACUCGCAUGAUACAGACAGACAGACAGACAGGCGGGCAGCCCGGCCGGGAGGCCGCAGCGCAAGGACAGUGAAAAACGCAUUCUGGCCAUUAGAGAUAGUCACCCACAUCAGCACGCAACUCUGCGCGCAUCUCCUACCUCCCACCCCUCCCCUCAACUCCUUAGCCACUGUUGAGCCAUGUUGCAAGGGCAAACACCUGAAGGAACCAUCGCCCCUCGCCCUCUUAACCACUCACCACACAGCUUUACCCAUACCACAUACAUCGCCCACCCAGCAGCGAAUCAUACAGCCGUUCGGGAGCCGAUUCACCACGGGUAGUACAUGUAGUCGUCCCAAUGGUCGUACUCGUCGUGGAAGUCGCCGCUGUAGUUUUGGUGGCCACGAUAGUAGCUGUAGGUGUAUGGCGGUUCCGCCGCCGCCCCGUACUUGCGCUCGCAGUAGUUGUAGAACCUGUUGAAGUUGAUCCCUCUGUCAGAGGCGACGUUGCGCACGCGGCUCUGGCGCAGAAUCCAGUCGAUGUAGCCAGGAUCGUUCCUGUUUUAACGAUACACAUAUGCAGAGAGCCACGAAUGCCCCAUCCAUCCCCCUUGACUGGCGCUGUUUUCAUCUUAUCGUGCGUACCGUUCGACCCAUGCGUAUGUGCGGCUGAAGUGCUUGCCAAAGCCCAUCUUGGUGUUGCCCUCAUUGUUGGUGGGUCGGGAGCUGCUGGCACUCGUGCGUUUGGCGCUCGUGCGGCGCGCGGCUGUGCCCUUGGGCGUCUUGUUUGCUGUGGUCUUCCGGACGCCACCAGCAACUGAGAGAACACCAGCACAUGCAGGACACCCCCCAACACGCAGAGUGGCAGAGUGGAAGAGUGUCAUGUGGGUGUUCCGUACGUGUGAGAUCAUAUUGGCGGCGCUUCUUGUCAUCGUAGAGGGUCUCAUAUGCCUCGUUCACCUUCUGAAAGGCCUCUUUCGUGCCGCCCUUGUCAGGGUGUGUCUGCAACACCAAGCCAGCCAGAGGGGAAGGAGUGGCCACUGCACAGGCCAUGUGGCAGCACGGUGUGGCGUACCUUCUUGCUUGUGCUGUGGUAGGCCAGGCCUUCUUGAUUUGCUUCUUCGUGGCAUCCUUUGAGAUGCCGAGUCGCUCGUAGUGGUUCAUCACCAUCCUGACGAGUCAAUCGAUAUCCCGUCACAUCUCGCCUCCAGCUUUCCCGGGAGCUUAUGCAAGGUACCAAGGGUAUUGCAUGAAACGUAGCUGCGGCGACAAAACGACACACGCAGCUCCCCAGAGAGGAGUGUCGGCUUUCUGAAGCUUGACUUUGGUUGUGUGAGUGUGUGUGGCAGGACUGCCUGUUGCGAUGCCGGUGGAAGGCGUUGGGCCUGUGCCUCACGAGGAGGACCUGUGGCUGACUGACCUGACCGAGGACGGCAUUCAAGCGACGUCCAUGGCCGACUUCGGCGUGGGGUACCUCUCUGAGGCGGCUCCCCCCUCGAGAAGACCAUGAAGGAGCUUGGCGCGGCAAGUACCCCGACGGCAGCAUGCUGCAUGCGAAGCAUGUUAGUGCGAAUUGAAGAAACUGCCGAUGUGCAUUUUUCGCGGUCGUAUGGCCACCUCGCGGAGGUCAACGUGCUAGGAAUGACGGCGCUGCAGCAGAUGGGCUGGUCCUCGGUGAUCAGCUGGGCGAAGCAGUCGUUUGUGCUGACCGCGUUGGAGUAACAGAUGAUGUGCGCUGACGAACAGACUACGGCAGGGCCGGGCAGGCACAGACAAAGCCUGCCACGCGUCAUGCUUUCGCCAGCUCUCUGCCUGCCUGCAUCCAUAGUCUGGGUCCACUACUUUACGAGCAUGUCUACUGUCUUUUCUUGCUUUUGCUCUUCCUUGAUCCGGUCGGUGGUUUCAGCAUCCGCGGGUCAGGAGCCGCCGCCAUCCCACGCACAAAGCUGGACCGACCCUUCUGUACCUGCACACUCACGAUCAUCCAUGCAAACUUUGUUGAAUGUCUUGCUUCCCUCACCGGUGGAUUCUCCUGCUCUGUGUUAAUUGGCGGCGGCAGCAUCACUUCACGCACGUACAGCUCGCCACCCUGCUCGAUCAGCACACCUGCAUGAAUGACACCAGGCAUGGACGGACGGAUGCUGAGACGACGCCGUGCAUUCACUCUCUGACCGUUGUAGUAUCGCUGAUUGAUCUCCUCCCCAUCGGCCGUAGUGUAGGUCGCUGCAUGACACAGCAGAGCACACCAAAUGCGGACGGAAAGACAGCUGCUCAGGCCUUUUUCAUUCAUUUACCUCUUCCGUGCCUGACGUCAUUCUCGAAUGUGCCCUUCAGCACCUCGCCGGUUGGCCUGCAAUGCACAUUUGACAUGGCCAAAAAUGCGCGGCCGAUUGGUUUCGCCAGUACCAAACGUAUUCGCCCUUCCCGUGCUGCAGUUGACAAGAGAGACAUAGAAUGACGUGUCCCGUCUGUCUAUCUAUCUAUCUAUCUAUCUAUCUAUCUCCGUAUUGACCCACUUUGUAGUCGUUGUGGAACUCCCCAAUGUAUUUGCUCUUCGAUGGAAAUAUGUACACCGCGUGGCCCUCCUUCUUGCCGCCGCUCCAGCUGCCCUGGUACUUGCAGCGACCUGUGUAUGUCACAAACGCCGAGACACACAUGCUGUCAGGGACGGAUUGAUGCGCUCUAGUGGAGUUGCUUACUGCCUUGUCCGUUCCACAGCACAGGGCGAGCAAAGAGACCGAUACCGUGACGGUGGCCAUUCACCCACUGCAACCAGACACGAGAGGAGCCAAACAGAAGCGUUGCCAAAGCGGCUAUCAUGACUCCUUCCUAAGGCCUACCUCUCCUCGAUAGCAGGCCCCGUUGGCCCAUUUGUACGUCCCCUCGCCGUGGAAAACUAUGAGUUGAGGUUGAAAAAUAAUGAUUCGUACGUCCCUGACCCUGUAUAGCUGAUUACGAGCUAUCAUAACGUACCGUCUCUCCAGAAGUACCCUUCAUACGAAUCAUUGUUUUCCAACCUCAACGUGCCGUUGCCCUCCCUUGUGUCGUCGGCGAAGUGACCCUCAAAAUUGUCUCCCUGUGUGGCUCAGUACAACACGACCAUAUGCAGAUGUCUUGCCGUGCGUGCUCGGUGCGGUGCCUACGUUGGCGAAUAGGAGUUUGCCGUCUCCAUGUGCCUUGCCAUUCAUAAAUGCCCCGAAGUAGAUGUCCCCAUUGGCAUACUGCAGCUCUCCGUCGCCCUGGGAACAUCGGCUAACAAGUGAAAAGUGGAUUCUGACGGCGUCUAUGCUUUCUCACCUCAGGCAGGCCCUUGUCCCACUGGCCCUGCAACAGACAAGACACUGAGUGAGGCUGUCAGUGACCUCUCGUGUGAGGGCCUUCUUCCUCGCCUCGUAUGUUGCGCCGUUGACAAAUUUCAUGCUGCCCUGGAAGCAUACCACCAUACAGCAGGAUGGAAAGCAAUCGCGCAGAUUGCUAAAUGUCCUCACCUUUCCGUGUCUCUGACCAUUUUCGUACUCGCCCGUGUACUGGUCGCCUAUAAAUUGAGAUGACAUCCGUGUGUGUGUGUGUGUGUGUGUGUGUGUGAGGUGUUUGCUCAGCACUCACCGGCAAUCCAUGAGUAGGUGCCUUCUCCGUGCCUUUCAUCCUCUUUGAAGGACCUGACUAUCAGUAAGACAAUGCAGACACAUGCAGAAAGGAGACAUCAUAUGGAUGAGCUCGUGAAAAGCGUGCACCCCUCAUAGAGGUCUCCGUUGGCAAGGAACUGGAUCCCGCGGCCAUGUCUCUGAUCGUUCCUCCACUGGCCCUCAUAUCUGUCUCCAGAAGCCCAGAAGUAAAUCCCAUCGAAGUAUCGGCGGUCAUCCAGCCAGCUGCCCUCAAAGCGGUCGCCAUUCGUAUACAGCAUGUAUCCAUAUCCCUCUUUCUUGGCUUUGUCUCCUCCCUGCUCCUUGCUGAUACCCCCCUGGUACAUGGAGCCGUCAGCAUGGACAAUGCAGCCGUAUCGCACAUUUGAUAUGCCCUGAUUCAGCUUCCGCUCGUAUUGCUGUCUGGAUGAGCUGUGGGCUAACACUGCAAUGGCACCCUGGCAAAACAACCAAUCAGAAGAUCCAGGAAGAGAGAAGGUUUCAAAUGUAUGUAUGAGAGCUCACCUCACCUGCAACCUGUCGAUGAGGGCCCUACCAUCCCUGGUGCCUUGCAGCGGCACCAGAGUCUUCAUCUGAGCUCUGUACGAGGAAGUGGCCAUCUCCAGGAGGCUCCACUGCUUUUCCUCAUCAUCACCGAUAGCCCUCUCCUUUGUCGGGUUGGGGAGGUUCAAAAUGAUGUAGGGGUUGGGACACUGGUCAAAAGAGAAUCAUGCCUUGCACAGAUGCAUGUCCUCAUCCUCUCUGUGUUUGCUUGCUACCUUCGGCGCAUCGAAGUCAUGCUCUAGGAAGAUGGAUGGGAUCGGUACCUCUGUCGGCAGCUGCACACUUGCGUCAGAUUGAGGGGACCGCUCGGAAAGCGGAGAUAAGGGCCGUUGAGAAGCCAUAAACCAAUGCCACAAGAGAUAGCUCUCUGUUGAACCUAA